CUCACUGCUGCACAUCUGAAAGCUCCGGGUUCUCGGUGAGUUAUUCUUCAAGACAACAUCUGAGAAACAUGGAACAUUUACUCAACGAAAACCUCCUGAAGUAUUUUACUCAGUAUGCUUUACAGGAGGGCAGCACCAGUGCCCUGUCCAUUGGUGGGCUGAAGAGUCUGCUUCAGAAUCAAUUUGCACAGUACCUGAAGGAUCAAUUCUCACUUGAUAACAUAAUUAAAUCGUUGGACAAAAAUAAGGAUGGAUCUGUCAGCUUUGAUGAGUUUAUGAUGAUUGUAAAAAAGAUAACUAGUACAGGACAGUGAGGCAUCUGCAAGGACGAGUAUCACUGCUUUGGAGAAGAGCCUGGCAUUUGUUUACAUGACAUGUACAUCUAAACCCACAGAUUUGUUAUUAUUUUAAAGCAUAUGGAAUAAAGAUUUAACAGAAAA